AUGCGCAUGCCAGGUUCCCGCGCUAUGGUCCACCAGGCCACCACCCCCGCCGCUCCCACUGACGCACUCUCCAGACGUCUCUCAACUUCCCUUCGCUCAUUCAACGUCCACGCCCGUGCCUGCUCCGCUUGCAUCGACCCAUACGCCGUCCACAAGUCACCCAGCCGCCAGCUCUGCGAUGUCGGCCACCAGCUUGCUACUGAGAUUGCCGUCAACCUCUACGACAAGGCGCGCUCCACUUCCGGCGGUGUCAUCGAGGUGUCUUUCCCCGAGGGCUGGGAGUCAGUGGACGGCCUCAUCCGCGCAAUCACCCACAAAUUGCAGGGAGCCCCGUCUAACUAUGUCGACGUCAAUGUCUACGACGCGUUGAGGACCAGAGAGAGGGUCCAGUACAUUCCAGCUGCUAUUCCCACUUCACCUGCACCAGUCAACAGGGGCUCGGCAUACGCGCGUGAUGUCUCUCACAGGAGCGGAAGCGGGCGAAGGGCCAGCAUGGACCCCAGGAGGACUUCGUCUUUUAGCUUGGUUGAGGCUACUCCCGUUACUUCCUCAAGGAGGUCGCCUUCCCCAAGGAGGGUUGAGGGUGCUGAGCAGCAGUUGAGCUCCAGCCCAAGGGGGGUUGAGGGUGCUGAGCAGCAGUUGAGCUCCAGCCCAAGGAGCAGCGGGAGGAGCGUCGCCUUCAACCCCCAGGUCCAGACUAGAUACUUCUAG